GUGGAGUUGUCGUCUCUAGACUUUCUCCUCCACACCAAAGCGCUCCUCUCCACCAUCAGCUAUCUGAACACAGCCGUACCCCAGGAGCUGACAGCCUCCAAGGACAGAGAGGCCAAGAAACAGGUGGAGAAGGCUGGACAGGGGAAGACAGUGUCGAAAGGACCAAAAAACAGCAAUGUGUUCAACUUCAAACUGUCUGCUAAACUGGGUUCAUUCCGUGUGGAGGUGUGUGAUGACCGGCGGAACAUCGCUGACAUCACAAUACAAGGUAUUGAUGGGUCGGUGCUGGUCCAGGCCAAAGAGACAGUGGUGUUCGCCAGGCUCAGGGACAUAGUGGUGCUGGAUGUCGACCCCAAAACCAUCCACAAAAAGGCCGUCUCCAUGGUGGCCGAGGAGGUGUUCAGCUUUCAGAUGUCCCUGUAUCCCAACGCUACGGAGGGAGAAGGUUACUCAGACACCUCCAAGGUGGACGGGAAGGUUACCAUGAGGCUGGGCUGCAUCCAGAUCGUCUAUCUGCACAAGUUCCUCAUGUCUCUACUGGUGAGGAGAACCUCAGGGAUGGGUAUCGAGAGCUGGGCUCAAUUCCAUUAUCAAUUCCAGAUCAAUUCAGGAAGUACACAGAAAUUCCAAUGA